AUGGAUGGUAUGGCUGAUUACAUAACACCGAAAAGGGCAAAAGCCAAACAAUCAGUGAUCCUUAUCAACACUUCCUCCCCGCUUCUCUUUUUCUUCCACACCAUGGAGGACCGAAUUCAAUUCGACAUAAACGAGUCGCUCAAGUACUACUUGAGCGACCCGACUUCAGUUCCCACACCCGAUGCGGACCCGGAAUUGUUGGAUUGUGAAUCAGACCCGGAGCAACUCUCACCAGCGCUGAUUGACAGUGUUUUGAACCCGAUCGUGGAUUCCGUGGCGGAGAACCCAGAAGCGUUAACCAGGGCUUCUAUAUUUGAUUCUCUACAAUUCUUGCUAAAGUGCGCCCCGGUCCCUUCCCAACUUGUCCAUGGCGGAUGGCGCCCAGCUGGAGUCGACUCUGACGAUUCUUUUUACUCACGCAGAUAUUCGACAUGUCUUCCCGCGAAGUCCCUGAGCAAGCUUUUGGACCUGGUGGUCUCUGGUUUAUCUGUCGAGGCCGAUGUGAUCCAUGGAGACCUCGAAUCCGACGAACAGGAUGCCAUUCAACACCACAAGCAGCUGCUGGAAAUGUACGGGUUCCUCCUUCAAUGGGCCCUGUCGGCUGUUGAGGUCAAAGCUGCGGAGAAGUCCACGGAAGCCCCCCCGGUGCGACGAGGAGGUCCUAAGUCAAAGAAGUCCGCCAAUAGCGGCCAGUGGGACUGGACCCCGCAAAUCCAAAUUUCCAUGGAGACCAUGUGCAAAGUGAUGAAGCUGAAACUUGGGCGCAUAUUCCUGACGACCUCCGAUCGUGACACGUUCAUUAGUCUGUUCACCCGGACGAUAUAUCUAGUCCUGGAGAGCGAGCAGCGUGUAAAGAGCAUGACUAUUCGUAUGCAUGCGUUCAAGGUGCUUUGCAUUGCGGUCAAGCACCACGGGCAGGCAUUUGGAGCGCAAACGUCCAUUGUCCAGAGUUUAACCUACUUUGAACAUCUAUCCGAGCCCAUGGCCGAAUUCCUUCACAUCCUUGCAGAACAAUAUGACUACCCACAGCUCUCCGAUGAAAUCUUAAAGGAGCUUGGAAAUAAGGAAUUCAAUUCAAAUGAUACCAGGGGCCCCAAGUCUGUCUCGUCGUUCAUAAUAAAGCUAUCGGAGCUUGCCCCCAGACUGAUCAUCAAGCAAAUGACCCUGCUGGCAAAACAGCUCGACAGCGAGGCAUAUACCCUCCGCUGUGCAGUGAUUGAAGUUUGUGGAAACCUCAUUUCCGACCUCAGCCGACAGGAAGAACGCAGUGAAAACUACAAAACCCAGAUCAACGCCUUUUUCGAUGUUUUGGAAGAGCGGUUCCUCGAUAUCAAUCCUUAUUGCCGUUGCCGUGCCAUCCAGGUAUUCAUGCGAAUCUGUGAUUUGGAGCAGAAAUUCCCAAAGAGGCGACAGGCAGCAGCAGAGUUGGCGGCUCGAAGCUUAGAGGAUAAGAGCAGCAACGUGCGACGUAAUGCAAUCAAGUUGCUCUCUAAGCUUGUAUCGACGCAUCCGUUCAGUGUUAUGCACGGCGGGUUACUUUCAUACAAGGAAUGGACAGCACGACUGGAUACCGUUGACGCCGAACUGAACGCCCUGCGCCCCCCUGAGACACCCGGGUUUGAAGCAGGCGAUAUGACCCAGGUAGAUCCCGAACUACUGGAUGAUGCCACACAACUGCCGGACGAGUCCCCUUCAAAAGCGCCCCGGAUGAGUGACGAGGAGAAAGCCGUUGCUGUCCAGAAAGCGGCUGAACAAGCCGCGACUUCUGAAUUAUUGACCCGCCUUCAAUUGACAAGGAAGUAUUACAACGAGGCAAUUCGAUUUAUCGAAGUGUUGCAUUCCGCGUCCAGCAUUGUUACGCAGCUCCUUUCCUCCCGGAACAAGAGUGAAGUCAUCGAGGCCAUGGAUUUCUUUGUGAUGAUGGAUGCCUACAAAAUAGAGACUGCACGUAGCGGAAUUCGCCGCAUGCUGCGCCUGAUUUGGACCAAAGGCAACAGCGACGAAGGAAAGGGUGUUCAGUCACACUUGAUCGACUGCUACAAGGGCCUCUUCUUCGACGCACCCGGAUCUUUCACUCCCAACGAUGCUGCUAACUACAUUGCCCGUAACAUGAUCAGUCUGACAUUUGGAGCAACACCCGCAGAACUCACAUGCCUCGAGCAAUUGUUGAGUACCAUGAUGAAGGCCGGCAAUGUUUCCGAGGCAGUCAUUGCUAAGCUGUGGCAAGUCUAUAGCAUCCAGAAGAAAGAAAUCUCACGUACCCAGCGCAGAGGCUCGAUCAUUGUUCUCGGCAUGCUCGCGCUGGCCGAUCCAGAGGUUGUCGUCAAGGAAAUUGAGGCCAUGCUGCGCAUCGGCCUGGGUGGAUAUGGCAGAUCUGAUCUUGUGCUUGCCAAAUACACAUGUAUCGCUCUGCGGCGUAUGAUACCAGGCCGACAAGCUAAGUCAAAGGAGGUUGUUGGCAUUCCUAAGCUUGCUAGUGACCACUCCGUCCUGGUUCGAUUGGCCGCCAUCCUAGAAAUCGAGACUGCCAGCAAGGAGUGGUAUGGAGUGGCAGAACAUGCCCUCAACGCCAUCUAUGCACUCUCUAAACACCCAGAUGUUUUGUGUUCCGACAUUCUCCGCCGAAAGACCAUAUACGUGUUCCAGCCUCACCUGCAACACCGCGCACCUUCUCCAGUGCCCCCAACAGAAGCCUCAGAAGAUCAUCCGAUGGAAGAUGAAGAACGUCCUGGCACUGCGUCAUCGGAAGCUCAGGAGCCCAAACCCAAGCCAGCAUCCGCCGCACUGUCACAGCUGUUGUAUGUCGUCGGCCACAUCGCCAUCAAGCAAAUCGUGCAUCUAGAGCUCUGUGAGCUGGACUUUAAGCGCCGUAAGGUCGAGCAAGAGAAGAACAAAGCUGCCGAGCAGCCUCAAAAGCAAGAAAACGCCGAGGAAGACGAACUCGACCUCAUUGGUGGCACGACGGAAGAUGAUUUCCAAGAUGCUAUGGCUCACAUCCGGGAGCGUGAACUCCUCUUUGGGGAACACUCCCUUUUGGCCAAGUUUGGUCCGCUAGUGAUAGAAAUUCUGGCCAACAACAAUUCUUACCCAGACCGUGACCUCCAAGCCUCUGCGACUUUGUGUAUCGCCAAGCUGAUGUGCGUGUCUGCCGAGUACUGCGAGAAAAACCUGCCGCUUCUGAUUACCAUUAUGGAACGAUCCGAAGAUCCUAUUGUCCGAAGCAAUGCCGUCAUUGCGUUGGGUGAUAUGGCCGUUUGCUUUAACCACCUUAUCGACGAGAAUACCGAUUUCCUCUACCGCCGUCUGAACGAUGAGGAUGCUUCCGUCAAGCGCACCUGCCUGAUGACCCUCACUUUCCUCAUCCUGGCUGGCCAGGUCAAGGUUAAGGGACAGUUGGGUGAAAUGGCUAAAUGUUUGGAGGACGAGGAUAAGAAGAUCGCCGAUCUUGCUCGCAUGUUCUUCACGGAGUUGGCAACCAAGGAUAACGCCGUGUACAACCACUUUGUUGACAUGUUCAGUCUGCUGAGUGCAGAGCGCAACUUGGAUGAGCAGGCUCUCCGUCGGAUCGUCAAGUUCUUGAUUGGUUUCGUUGAGAAGGAAAAACAUGCCCGCCAGUUGGCCGAUAAGCUCGCCGCGCGACUGCCACGCUGCGAGACAGAACGGCAAUGGAACGAUGUUGCCUAUGCCCUGUCUCUCCUCCCGCACAAGAACGAGGAGAUUGCCAAGACUGUCAGUGCAGGGUUCAAGGUUGUCAGUGCCUCUGCUUGA